CAUAUUUGGGUCACUGUACGAAGGUGAUAUCGUCUGUCCGCACACCAAUCUCCCACAACAUCUGCAAACAAUUCAAGCGAUUGGAUCAGCUGUUGGUGCGUUGCUUGCAGGGCAUAUCGCCGAUUAUUACGGCAGGAAAUGGGUGACGUAUUCGGGUGCUGUGCAAAUGACUGUUUUCGGUUUCAUGGGAGCACUGUCAGUGAAUUGGCAGAUGUUAGCGUUUGCGAUGUUGGGUAUGGGAUUUUCGUAUGGUGUUUUGAUAGAUGCGAGCAUGACGCUGGCUUGUGAAACGGUUGGCAGGCGAUAUCGCAUCGUGCAAACUCUCGCUUUUCAGUGGUCACUCGCCUUACAAGUAUCAUCUUUGUGUGCGUAUUUGACGGGUGAAUGGCGACGUUAUUUGCUGGUGAUGAAUGCAUCAUCACUACCCGUAUUAGCGCUUAUGUUGUUCUGGUUGGAGUCACCCAGAUGGCUGAUUCAAAAGAAACGAUACACCGAGGCAGCAUUCAAUAUCAAUCGAAUCUCCUAUUACAAUCGUUCUCAGGAAACAUUUUCGCCGAAUGAUCUCGUUCAUAUCAAAGUUCACGAUGGAGAUAGAAGGAUGUUCCUUUCGAUCGGUGCGUUGAUCUCAACACCGAACUUAACCGCGUACUCAUUUGUGAUGUUCAUGUCAGCAUUAACCGUUGAGAUGUGUGUUGCUGUCAUCUUGUUUGAUGUUCAGGCAAAGCUGUAUCCAACAGUUAUUCGAGCGAUGGCAGUUGGGGUGUUUGGUGUGGUCGAGCGAAUCGGUGGAGGACUUGCACCGCAGCUUAUCACAGUGAAUCAUUUGGUAUGGUCUCAGGCGGCAGUUACUGUCACAACAGUUGUCGUCUUCAUCUCCCUGCUCUCCGGUUAUAUGAUUCUGCCAGAAACGCGUAACGCCUCAAUGCCAGACCUCAUUGAAAGUGCCUCUGAGAAGAGCUGUUCCACCACCAACAAAACUCAUAGUGAACAACAUUCAAUGAAAACGUUCGUCAAAUAG